CGGAUGGAUGGACGUAUGGUGCAACAAUAAAUGGCUAUCACAGCGUGCUUCCGGUUCCGGUCAAUUCCGUUCACAAUAUCGUUGCAUCCGCGCACCACAGUUCCAGUUUCUGUGCUUCACUCCGGAAAUCAUUUUGCCACACAAUUUUAUGUUGCUUCGCCGCAACUUUCUAUUUUUAAUUUUUCCUGUUUCCACCGAAAACAAAAAAAAACAACAACAACAGUGGACGAUACCGAAAGACAAUUGCAACGAAGUUGCAGAUCUGCAAGCAGCGUUUGGUCUCGCGCCGUGAACAUCUUAUCCAGUUUCAUUCUCUUUCUUUCAUACGAAAUUAAAACGCAGCCAAUUAGUCACAGGAGUGUUGUGCCUUUGAUUACUUUCUUAUUAUGAAAAAGGAUGAUGCAGAUGGUUUCUCGAACGGAACAUCCAACGGUAUGGUGGAUGCAGCAUUUCGAAAAAUACAAAGGAAUUGCACCGGCUUCCAUAUAUGGCGUAUCGAGAAUAUGAAUGUUGUUGCACUGCCCAAAGACAAUUACGGUACAUUCUACGAUGCAGACUCCUACAUAGUAUACGCAUCCUCUCAACAAGGUGCCUCAGCAACAAUAGACACAGUGUGUAGGGAAGUUAAAGGCCCGAUUGAAAUUCAUAUUCACUUUUGGUUGGGUUCUUCAACGUCUGCGGAAAAAUCCGGAGCUGCAGCUUAUAAAACCGUGGAACUGGAUGGAUAUUUGAGUGGAGUCGGCAUCCAGCAUCGGGAAACUCAGGGCAAUGAAAGUCCGCGUUUCAAAAGCUACUUCAAAAAUGGAAUUCGCAUUUUGAAAGGUGGCACGAAUACUCCGUUACGCGAAAUAAUCAACAACAAUCAUCCGAAAUUAUAUAAGAUCAAAGGUAGGAGAACGCCGAUACUGACUCAAUUGAAUUCCAUUUCCUGGAGCCACUUCAACAGCGGCGAUGCUUUCUUGGUGCAAACGGAAAAGGUAAUCUUUGUUUGGAUAGGCCGAGCCGCGAAUGCCGUGGAGAAGUUACACAGCGCAAAGAUAGCAAAUCAACUGAAGACGGAAACGGGAAUUCAAAAAAUUACAUUUAUAGACGAUGGCUACGAACAAACUAUGUCCGCGAGCGAAAAGUCGGAGUUUCAGUGUUAUUUACCAUUAGAUAAAAGACACGUUUUGCCACCGAAUCACGACUCAGUUGAUGAAGAAUACGAGAAGAGUUACAGAUCGACACUAAGGCUUUACCGAUGCACGGACAGCAGCGGGAAAUAUAGAGUGACGGAAAUUAAGGGAGGACCACUUCUGCAAACGGAUCUUGAAUCUGAUGAUGUUUAUAUUAUUGAUCAUGGCAUCCAUGGUAUUUGGGUUUGGGUUGGGAAAAGGGCCAGCGACAAGGAAAGGGUUGAGGCUAUGCGCAAUGCCAGAGGAUUUGUUAAGAAGAAAAAGUAUCCAAACAACACAAGCGUAACCAGGGUAGUUGAAGGGUCCGAGUGUUUAGAAUUUAAAAUGUUGUUUCUCCAUUGGACUGACAGAGACGCUUGCAAAGGGAAAUCUUCCAUUGCUAAACGAGUUAUAACAAAGUUCGACGCAUUGACAAUGUCAGAGAGACCGGCUUUGGCCGCAGAAACUCAAUUGGUCGAUGAUGGUUCAGGCUCAAUUAUGGUUUGGAGAAUUAAAGGAAACGAUGCAAUUGAAAUACCUAAAGAACGUUACGGUCAUUUCUUCUCCGGAGAUUGCUAUAUUGUAUGGUAUAACUAUAAUACAUCAUCUAUCAGACAUAUUGUGUUUUAUUGGCUGGGUUUAAAUGCUCAUAAACAAGAGAUUAAGGCAGCUGAAUUAAAGGCCAAUGAAGUCGAUAAGCAAUUGGAGGGCGUCGCCGUGCAGAUCAGGAUGGUACAAAGCAAAGAACCUGCACAAUUUCUUCAAUUAUUUAAAGGAAAAAUGAUUACAUAUAAGGGUGAAGGAACGGAUUACGAUGAGUCUGGUCGUAAUUUGAAACAUCCUAGUAAUUACUUGCUGCAGAUCCACGGCUCAACGUCGUUUAGCAGCAAAGCCACUCAAGUCAACUACAAGGCCAAUGCGUUAAACUCGAAUUACUGUUUCGUUCUAAAAAAGGGAAAGCACUAUUUCAUUUGGUGCGGAAAUACUUCGACCGGUGAUCAAAGAGAAAUGGCCAAACAUUUUACGGGAAAAGAUUUUGAAAUAAUUUUAGAAGGGAAAGAACCGAACGAAUUCUGGGAUUUGCUAGGAGGCAAAACGGCUUAUACAACAUCUAAAAUGUUAAGUGUCGAUGGAUUGCAGAAACCUGCGAGGCUAUUUCAAUGUUCUUCCGGAAGCGGAAAGUUCAGAGCUGAAGAAUUAUUUAAUUUUUCGCAAAGCGAUUUAGUACCCGAAGAUGUUAUGCUUCUGGAUGCUCACGAUACCAUCUUCGUGUGGAUUGGUAAAUUAAGUACUAAAGAAGAAAGCAGACUUAGUUUGGAAUUGGCUAAAGACUAUCUUAAAUCCGAUCCUUCCGGAAAAGAUGUUAAUACUCCUAUUGUUAUAAUCCGACAAGGAAACGAGCCUCCCAAUUUCACUGGAUUUUUUAAACCAUGGGAUGAAAACAUGUGGAAGAGCUAUAAAUGUUUCGACGAUGUCAGACAGGAAUUGCAAGGUGGAGAGAUUAUACCGAAACCAGUGACCGGAAAUUCUUACGGUGAAGAAGUUUUUGAUAGAUACGAUAAGUAUCCUAUAAGUAUCUUAAAAGGACCUUCGGAGAAACUGCCUAGUAAAGUUGAUCCUUUAGCCAAAGAGCUUCAUUUAACUCACGAUGAUUUCGUAUAUCUUUUCAAAAUGCAAUAUAGGGAAUUCGAAAAUUUACCAAGAUGGAAGCAGCAGGAACUGAAGAAAAAAGUUGGAUUAUUUUAAUCCGUAAUAUUAUGAUUUUAAACAGGUGUUGGUUGUGUGUACAAUAACUAUUUAUUA